AUGUACAGUAAAGUACACGAACACGGAAUAGGACCCAGGAAUAUUAAAAUACACGUAAGGAACAGAGAAUCCAAACCCGGAUUUGGUUGCAUGAACUUAAUCGGAUUGCACAAGGGCCUACACGUCCGUUCAACUUUUCGGCGGCGUAAGGUUCCGAGUUCACCGAAUACUCUGAAAACCUCCGAUUUCUCCGAUCAUCGUUUCCAUUCGUGCCCUAACUUUAUUCAUCAUAUCGGUCGUCGAUUUUGGGGAAGGAGAUGA